GGCGACCAAUCAGGAUGCUGAACGUGACCUUGUCCUCAAAAAAGGUAGGUACCGUGGGCAGACCGGUAUGAUGCUGUCUGUAGCGGUACCGAUUUCGUAGUUCCACCGUGGCAUGGCUUCUUCCUCAUUGAUGUCAACAUCUUGUCGUCAGAAGAAGGGAGCCAGCUGCAAAUUCUUUGAUUCUUUGUCAAUUCCCAGACUCAAGAGUGGGGUUGACCGCUAGGGACUUCCCCACACAUGUGCAUCCGCUCCUAUUCAGGACGAGUGAAUACGGGCUCUUGGUCAGCUGAGCACAGUUUCCAGGCGGCUUUGAUUGCCUGAAAGCACGUCGUCACGCCCAGUGUGAAGCAGAGAGCAGCUGGGUGCAAUGGCAUGCGCGGGUGCUGCUGCAACUGCACCGUUAGGUAUCUCCACGUUUGAGAAACGUGCGAGCUGGUCUGGAAUGCAGGCGGACAGUCAAUGCCACACGUCAAGCGUCGCUAGGCUGUGUGUGGUGUUCUCCAGAGAAAGCAGCUGGUUGUCUGCAGCUUUGUUGAGGAGUAAAACGUGCAGGGAGCGACAAACGCUGUGUUCUUGUGUAGAUAAAAGCCAAUUCGCAGCAACUUUCAGCUCCGGAAGGCCUCCGCCAGACAGCCGAAGAGGGCAGAAAUGGCUGGGGAGGACACAAGCGCAAUUGGCAACGUCGGAAGCAGCUGAGACUGAACGAUUUGACAGCCAAUGUUCCGAAUUGGUGGGAUCUCUGGACAGGUUUCCAGAUGACCGUCUGCAAAAGGUGGCCCACCCGUCCGCCACCCCCCUCCUCUUCCUUGAGCACAUUCAGUACCAGUGGAAGACGCUGCAAGAAAGGGUGCCGGACCUAGCGGACCUGCCACUGCCCCCCGAGAUCGCCCUCCAGACGAGCGCCAAAGGGAAGUGUGGGGCUAGAGUUGAGAACUGGGCGUUCCAGUCGGACACAAUGAGGAGAGUGCGCAUGACCUACUUCUACAGUGGGGACGGGGGGCAAGCUUACAACUGCCUAGUCUAUCCAGAUACGAGAUUUGACGUGCCUUUACUAGGAGUCGACCUGAUUUGCCUUGGGAAAGACCGCAUCCUGUAUGUCAUCGAUUUCCAGCCCCUACAAAUGUCAGACGACUACUUGGAGAAGUACACGGCAAUCCUGGCCCCCGUCCACGAGCAGUACCUGGACCUGAUCGGGAGCAUGUCUGCGAAGCACUUCGACGAGGCCCAAUUCUUCUCGAAGCGCAUGCUCUUUGUGCGCACCGCCGACACUGACCUCUUCAAGGCUCCGCACGGGCGGCUUUUCCACGCGUUGAUGGAGUACCUGGCUGCGUACCACGCCGUCCUGGAGCGCGCGGUUCCGGACGGCAGCGCGGACGCCCGGCAAGCGGUCCAAGCGGCGCAGGACGCGUAUGACGUGUACAGCGAGCAGCGGGACCCGGCCAUCGGGCUCUUCCGGAGCUACUUCGGGCACGAGUGGGCCGAGUCCUUCACUAAGGACUUCCUCUUUCCGGGGUCGAGAAGAACAGACGCGAAAGAUGAGCACUUCGACGUGAGUUGAGGAAUGUCUUGUACCAUGUAUAGUUCAGAAAUUUGACAUGCGAGACGGCUAAACAGCCGUAGGUGUUGUCGAAUGAGACGGGAAUCUUACCAUCGUUGAUCGCACUAGCUGAGCCACUAGUUGCUAAUGCCAGAAACUUCCAACAAUAUGCAACAACGAUCUGUAUAGUAGGGCUCUGCUUGACGUCUUUGCAGUUGGUCUAGCAGACAUCAUUGACCCCCUAUGUAGCCAUCACUGGAGACUGACUAAUCAGCUCGACAAGUCGGUGAUCGAGAAGGAGAUUAGAAACAAUUCAGCUACCUCGCCCGCUAGACCGUCCGUUCCAUGUCAAGAGAAACGUAAACAAUGUGACAGGCACGGCUCGCAAACAGCUCGAGUGAUUCUGUUUUGUGCCAUCUUCGUUUGGAGCACA